AUGAACCUGGCUUCCUCGAACCUUCUGGAAGUUCAGGGCUUCGAGACCAAGCUGAAAGCCAACAAUCUGGAUGGUGGCCUGGUGCAAGCAUUGGUGCAAAGCAUGAACAGCCAGGCUGAGCUCUUGAAGCAUGCCCGUGCAAAGUUGGAGGCGGCCAUUGCACAUCAGGACAGCGAUGAUGACAUCAAGCAGUUGCUGUACUGCAUGAAUCAUGCGAAUGAUAAUUACAAAACUGCUUCAAAACACGUCCGAGUACAUGCGCAGCCACCGAAGCCAAAGGCCAAGGCUAAGAAUGCUCCGAAAAGUGCCCCCUCCGCCAAAGGUGGUAAGUAG